AUGGUUCUCGACGACACCACCUUGGAGAACCCUUUCAAGCAUGUCAACGGCACCACCACCGACUCUCCGUACCCUCUCAACCGCUCUGCUGUCGCCCAUCACUCGACGAGUCUGUUGUCAAAGUUCAUCGAAGCCCACAAAGACACUGGCAAGCACAGGCACGAACCUGUGAAGAUCGAUGGCCACUCUUUGACAACAGCUGCAAUCGUAUCUGCAGCUCGCCACACAACUUUGAUUAGCCUCGACAAUAUGAAACGUGUCAAAGAACGCGUCGAGAAGAGCCGGCAAGUCGUGGUUGAUAAGAUCGCCAGUGGUGCCAGCAUCUACGGACUAUCUACAGGCUUUGGUGGUAGUGCCGACACUCGUACGGACCAGCCUGUUAUGCUCGGCCAUGCACUCCUUCAGCACCAGCAUAUAGGGAUUCUGCCUGUUUCUGAGGAGCCUCCUCCUAGACUACCCUUGCAGGACCCCAACCACGCGACAGUAAUGCCAGAAUCAUGGGUCAAGGCUGCGAUUUUAGUUAGGAUGAAUUCGCUCAUUCGUGGGCACUCUGGUGUGAGAUGGGAGCUCAUCGAAAAGAUGGGCGAGCUGUUGUGUGCGGAUGUCGUACCUGUUGUACCCCUGCGAGGCAGCAUUUCUGCUUCUGGAGACCUUUCUCCCUUAUCCUAUAUUGCAGGAUCCUUAACUGGUAAUGAGUCGAUCCAGCUUUUCCAUGGCUCGCGGGAAUCUGGGUCAGGUCGGAAGAAGGGACCUUCCAAGGCGGUCUUGCAGGCUCAUUCCAUCGAACCUAUCGCGCUGGUACCGAAGGAACAACUUGGGAUUGUCAAUGGAACUGCAUUUUCCGCUGCCGUGGCUGCCCUUGCGAUUGACGAUGCAAUGCAUCUUGCGCUUCUAGCUCAAGUUUGUACGGCCAUGGGCACGGAGGCUCUGAGUGGUACUCGAGGUUCCUAUGCGUCUUUCAUCCACUUGACGGCGCGUCCCCACCCUGGACAGGUCGAGGUUGCGCAGAACAUCUGGAACCUCUUACGUGGUAGCAAGCUUGCUCAACUCCAUGAAGAGGAGGUCACUCUCGAGGAAGACCGCUAUUCGCUUCGACAAGAUCGUUACCCUCUGCGUACCGCUCCGCAAUUUCUGGGCCCACAAAUCGAGGAUUUGCUUGCUGCAUUGACGGCGAUUACCCAGGAAUGCAACUCAACCACCGAUAAUCCACUCAUUGAGAGUGAGACUGGAAUCAUCCAUCACGGAGGAAACUUCCAGGCAAUGGCAAUUACUAACGCCAUGGAGAAGACACGCCUCGCCCUACACCACAUUGGAAAGCUUCUUUUCUCUCAAAGUACAGAACUCUGCAACCCCGCGAUGAACAACGGCCUCCCUCCCUCCCUUGCAGCCACCGACCCGUCAUUGAAUUACCACGGCAAGGGCAUCGAUAUCGCCACCGCUUCUUACGUUUCAGAGCUAGGUUAUCUCGCUGCGCCCGUUUCUACUCACAUCCAGUCAGCUGAGAUGCACAACCAAGCAGUCAACUCUUUGGCUUUGAUAUCUGCUCGAGCUACCGUUACGUCUUUGGAUGUGCUAUCAAUGCUUAUCGCAUCCUACCUCUAUUUGCUCUGCCAAGCGCUGGACUUGCGUGCCCUUCGAGUGGAACUAUUCACCGGUAUCGAUGCCACCCUCCAGGAGGAGCUUGCGGCCUCUCUCGGUCCCUUCUUUACGCCAGAACAGCUCAAAGACUUCGCAGCCAAACUCUUUAGAAUAAUGAGGCAUGCCUUCGACAAGAGCACCGUGAUGGACAGCGCCGACCAGAUGCGUCAGGUUGCCGCGGCGACGACGCCAGCCAUUAUUCAGUUCUUCGCCGGCAGAGAGGGACCUGCUCCAACUCUUACUACACUCUCCGAGUUCCAGUCUCACCUUGCCUCGAAGGCGACAGCGCUGCAUGAAUCGCUCAGGAGAGAUUUUUUGACUGGCGCACGUGGUGCUGCUUCUACCAGUACUCUGCUUGGGGAGACGAAAGGGGUGUAUGAGUAUGUGAGGAAAUGCCUCGGAAUUAAGAUGCACGGCGGGGAGAACUAUGGGAAGUUCGUCAAUGGGAUCGGUUCUGACGAUGUCUCCAUUGGUCAGAACAUCUCGAAGAUUUAUGAGGCAAUACGCGACGGACAGAUGCAGAACGUUGUAAUUUCUUUGCUCACAUGA